GUACGGGCGCGCGAGAGGUGCACGACGAGAGGGUGCGUGCGUGGGGUGUGUGCGCAUAGAGGGUGAGCCGCGAGUGAGCGAGGGCAAGUGAGAGCAAAACUGCCCCUCCUCCUCCUCUACCCCCGGCGCUGCGGGAAAAACUCGCCUCAGCAUGCAACCACCGCCGAGAAAAGGAAACUAUGCGAAAUUUCUGAAGAAUGUGCAUACGGAGCAAGCGGCGAAAUUGCAUGCGAAAAAUCAGCAUGAGUGCGAUCUUCUGGAAGACAUCCGUAAUUUUACGAUAAAAAAGUCUGCCAUUGAAAAAUCCUACUCUGAGGCGCUACUCAAAAUAUCGUCUGCAUAUUUAAAUAAGAAAAUACCGAACAUACCAGAUCUCAAAGUCGAUGGAGCAGAAGAGAAAUGGAACAUGUGGAACGUGUGGCGAACCGUGCUGGAGGAGAACGAGAAGCUGGCGCGCGCACGCCUCGCUGCUGUCGAGGUCUUUCAGCAGCAGAUCGCCGAUGACGCCAAGAGCCUCAAGAUGCACAAAUUACAAAUCUCUAAGAAGGCAAUCGACCAAUUAUUGAUAGUACAAAAGGAGCUCCAAACUUGCGUACAGGAUGUCGACAAGACGAAGAAAUUGUACUUUGACGAGGAACACAGCGCACACGAUGUGCGCGAUAAAGCAAAAGAUAUUGAGGAAAAAUUGAAGAAGAAGAAGGGUUCCUUCUUCCAGUCGAUAACGUCUUUGCAGAAAAAUAGCGCUAAGGUGAGUUCCAAGCGAGAUGCUUUGGAGGAAAAAUCAACUGGUGCUCGCAAUGAUUAUCUAUUAGCCCUCGCCGCCGCCAAUGCCCAUCAGAACCGAUAUUUUGUAGUCGAUUUACAGUCCACCAUGCAGUAUUUAGAGCAAGGAGUUUACGACAAGGUAGCGGAAUACUUAACGCUGAUGGGACGCACGGAGCUGCUCACUUGUCUGGCCACGCAAAACAGCUUCGGCAAGAUUCGCGAUCAAGCUCAGCAGCUCACUAGAGAGUACAAUAUCCAAUGCUGCUGUUUAUACUAUCCCGUUUUGAAGCAACACAUUCAAUACGACUUUGAGCGUUGCGAUAACGAUCCGGUAGAUAGGGUAACUGCCGAUCAUUCGGCGGCGACGACAUUGGGCAAAGAAGCGCGUCGCUGGUCGACGAAAAUUGCCCGCGAGGUCAGUAGCAUCCGUGAAAAUAAUCGGAAACUUCAAGUGUUAUACCAACUCAAAGAGGCUGGUCAGAAGACUGAUCCGAACGAUCCUAAUGGUCCAGAUUUAGAUACUAAAAUCGAUGAGUUAAAGCACUCUGUUCGACGAGCGGAGACAGCAAAACUCAAGGCAGAAGCGAGGAUAGAAUGUCUUCGACUUGGAGGAGUAAACGUAGACGAAUUCUUGCAAGAGGCUGAAACACUCAGCGUUCAAGACAUGCCGCGUUCGGCCAGUUCUCUCUCCGUUAGGACAGAUGCAUCUGGUGCAGCGGAACAUCCGUCAUCGGACUCAUUCUACGACAGCGAUGGCGACGGCGGAAGCGACCUAACGACUUUGGAGCGGCCCGGAAAAAAUGCGGCUCAGCAAGAAGAGGACAUCGAAGAAAGGCAGAGGCAUGACAGUGCCGAGGUUGAUGCAUUGCUGGAACAGGAGAAGCAACGAAUAGAGCAGCUAACGGCAGGCUGGGACGAUCCUACAGCGGUUGACUGGGACAACGAAGAGAAAGAUGAGCAAGAAAUAACGCACGAGACACCAGAGAUGCCUUCUAACCAACCCAUAUACAAGUGCACUGCUCUAUACUCCUACACAGCGCAAAAUCCCGACGAGCUUUCCAUCGUGGAAAGCGAGCAGCUGGAUGUGGUGGGCGAAGGCGACGGCGACGGAUGGUUAAAGGCAAGAAAUUACCGUGGAGAGGAAGGCUUCGUUCCCCAGAACUAUCUCGAUGUAGAAAGGGAGCCUGAGACCACCACCGGUCUAACUUCGCAGGGCCCAGGUCUGGUCCAGCAGAUUUCCUUCUCGUCUGUCGACUACACCAUUGACGAUCACGACGCCGUCGAUCCGGAUGCCAAUUUGCAAAGCGCCACUUCGGAAGCCGUAAUGCAAAACCACGUAGGAGUUAUAGAAAUGGAGGAGUACUGCAUCGCGCUUUACGAUUACGACGCGACGUGCGAUGAGGAGCUGAGCUUUUUGGAGGGCGAAAUCGUUAAGGUGCUGAAAAAAGAACCACAUGACGUAGAUGACGGCUGGUGGGAAGGUGAGCUGAGAGGCCAGAGCGGUCUCUUUCCCUCUCUCGUCGUGGAACCUUGCGGUCCAGAUGGAUGUCCGUUGACCCCACAGGAUAAUGUAACGCCACCGAGUUCCGCGCCACCAGUUUUUACCCCACCGGAAAUACCAGAAUUUUUGCUAGAGGAGCUUGCUCAAAUGGAGGAAUCGCAAGAAGAAAAGUCAAUGGUGAAUGGUGAUAGUGGGUUCAUGAUGAAUUUGUCACAAGACCAAAAGGAGCAAUAUGGUUCACAGUUCGAUGAGGAUACGGGUGAAACGCCAGGUAUAUUAGUCGUGGAGGUAUCAGAUGAAUCGGGUGAUAAGACGGAAAAACCUGACGAUCCCAAAUCUGCUGCUAGCCAAGACGAUUUCGGUCUUGGAGUGGCUCAGAUCGUUAUCACAGCCGCAACACCGAUGGAAGAGAUCGAACAUCCUUUCCCCGGGGUGGAGGAGACACCGGAAGACGUGGCAAAAUCUGCGGAAGCCUCCGAAGCCGAUCUCGAAGCUUCGGAUCCGAACGAGAGUGAAUGUAAGGAGGAAGAAGAGCCGACCGUCAUCUUAGACGAGAAAGAGGGAGAAGAGGCCGAAGAGAAGUCCACAAUCGACGAACUUCCAGCUGACUCGGCACCGUUCCCGAUCAGCAGCAGUUCCGGAAGCGAGGGGGAAUCGACUUCCGGUCCCAGCACCAACGAAAAUUCUCAGUCGAGGGGAACGGUGGUGGAGGUGACGGAGGAGGUCACAGAAGAGGUCAUGGAGGAGGAGGAGGAGGAGGAAAUCGCUCCUGGAAAAAUGCUGGUGGGUGGGAGAGCCAGUAUCCCGGACGAGCUGCAGCCGGACCAGCUGGAAAAAUUGCAGUCGCUCAAGGAAUCGAACGCCUAGGGCUGACUGGGCCCCGGGGCCCACAAGGGCAGGAUUACCCUGCCUGAUGGCCACCCCGACAACUUCCGACAUCUGCUAGACUUCUGGCGAUCACCUGAGGUGCUAGGCAAAAAAGACUAACUGUAAUAAAACUCACGCUAAGACUCUAUCUGAAAAUUCAUAAGGUUCUUAUGGUGAUCGAAGUAAAUGGUGGGAAAUAAAGGUAUAUGGAGUUGUGAGCGGAGCUAUCUUUCAAGUAAUGGAUGUUAAUAAAUCAAGUGGUGUGUUGAAAGACUGUCUAAAUUACGGCGAUAUAAUUAUUUUCGCGUGCCCGUAAGCACGCGAAAAUGUCCAGAAUAAGAUUUAACUUCGAAUCGUAACUACUUUGAAAAAUAAUGUAUAUUAUAUAUCUUUAUUAACUAAUCAGGAUCAUAGGAGAAGAUUCAUUUAUGAAGUUACCUACUGAUUUAUUAACAUCCUGAAGAAAAGAGAUGUUCUAGCAAAUUAAUUGAGAAAAAUGAUUAAGUUGAAUAAGGAAUAAUUUGAAGGUAAUAAGAUAUAUUUAAAAUUCAGGACAGUCAUAAAGGAUAGAAAAAUUAAUAUGCAAGAUCAC